CUCUUGAAGCAAGUAGACGAGUCUUUCGCCGUGGCCAUUGCUGCUGCUAUGAUUUGUAUAAAGAUCAUGAAUACACUUGUCUGAUUAAACUACUCUUCAACCACCAUGUUCACCUUCAUCUUUUCUUUGCUCCUCCUCUUCUCCACCACCGCCACAACCGCCCAACCAUACAACGCCACCGAUCACCUCCACCUUGCUUGUGGUUCAUCCUCCACGGCCGACGGAUGGCAGGGCGAUGAGGGUUCCAAAUUCACGCCGCCCAACAUCACCACCACCUCCUUUUCGUCCACACCUUCCUCCCAAGGUCCUAUUGGCUCCAAAAAACCUUACACCACUGCUCGAAUCUUUAACGCUUAUUCGUUCACCUACACAUUUCCGGUCUCCAAAGGCCCCAAAUUCCUCCGUCUCCAUUUCUAUCCMGCCACCUACUCCGACCUCCAGCCAAACCAAUCUUUCUUCUCCGUAUCAGCAAAUGGCUACACUCUCUUAACCAACUUCAGCGCUUUCCUGGCGUCCUCCUUCAUCGAAAACUUCCGCUCUGAUGCCAUAGAUGGAGGGGCCCAGGUUUCCAACUUUGUCAAAGAAUUCAUCAUUCAUGUAAAAGAUGCACAAAUCCUAAACGUUACCUUUACACCCGAACCCAAUUCGUAUGCCUUCAUCAACGGUAUUGAAAUCGUCUCGAUGCCAGAAAAUCUGUACUUUAACGAUGAGAACUUGAACUACGUGGGUCAAACUACAGGGCCUAGGAUUGGUGACGACAUGGUUUUCGAAACUAUGUACAGGCUAAACGUGGGUGGGCUGUAUAUAUCCGGUGACGCUGAUACUGGUAUGAAUCGGUCAUGGGAACUGGAUGAUGGUUACAUAUUGGGAGCAGCUUAUGGGCUAACACCAAAUACUACGACUCCGAUCACGUACACCAUGGAGACACCUAAUUACACCGCACCUGAGCAAGUUUAUGCUACCCAAAGGAGUAUGGGCAAUCUGUCGGAACACUACAAUCUGACUUGGACACUUCCAGUUGAUUCUGGGUUCUAUUACAUGAUCAGGCUCCAUUUUUGCAAUAUCAUACCACAAUACAAUAGAAGUGGUCAGAUGGUCUUUACGAUUUUCAUGAAUAAUCAAACUGCUGAGAAAAAGGCUGAUCCAUUGUACUGGACUCAAGGUAAGGGGCAUCCGGUGUUCAAGGACUACGUUUCGUUUGUCAGUGAUCCAGAUAACCCCGAAAGCAAGCAAGACCUGUGGCUGACGAUGCAUCCUAACUUUGGUGCCUCGGCAGAAUACCUUGAUGCUUAUUUGAAUGGUUUGGAAGCCUUCAAGUUGAGUGAGGAUGGUAGUCUUGCUAGCCCCAAUCCAGAACUUAGUCCUACACCCCCGCUGCCAACCCCCUCAUCUCCGAUAAAAGGGAACAAGAAUAGAACUCCAUCAUAUGCCGCCAUAAUUGGAGGAGUUGGGGGAGGGUUAGUCUUCUUGUCCCUUUUAGUUCUUAUAGUUUUCCGGCAACGAAGGCGAGUCAAAAACUACAGCGCCGACGACAAGUCAUCCUACGGCCCAGUUUUUAUUGAAUCAAAAUCUACACAUUCUUGCCAUUCUUCACUGCCAUCAGAUCGUUGCCGUCAUUUUUCACUUACAGAAGUGAAAGCAGCAACCCGUGAGUUCAACGACGAAUGCAUUAUAGGUCGUGGCGGGUUCGGGAAGGUGUACAAAGGGUACAUUGACAACAUAACAACCACUGUUGCAAUCAAACGGCUCAACACAUCAUCCAACCAAGGCUUUCGUGAAUUCCAUACGGAAAUAGCCUGGCUAUCGAAACUACGCCAUGUCCAUCUAGUGUCCUUGAUCGGAUAUUGUGACGACGAUGAAGAGAUGGUGCUGGUGUAUGACUACAUGGCUCACGGUACUCUACGAGAACAUCUAUACAAGUCGAACAACCCUCCUUUGUCAUGGAAAAGGCGUCUCCAUAUUUGCAUUGGUGCAGCACGAGGGUUGCAUUAUCUCCACACGAGUGCGAAACGCAGAAUAAUUCACAGAGAUGUCAAGUCCACAAAUAUUUUACUGGAUGAGAAUUGGGUGGCCAAGGUUUCUGAUUUUGGUUUGUCAAAGCUAGGCCCCAACGACCCAUCGCAAACCCAUGUUAGCACGGUUGUGAAGGGUAGUAUGGGGUAUGUGGAUCCCGAAUAUUUCCAGAAGCAACAACUCACAGAUAAAUCCGACGUCUACUCGUUUGGAGUUGUUCUGCUUGAAGUCUUGUGUGCAAGACCUGCUAUAAUUCCAGGCUUGGCGAAAGAACAAGUGAGUUUAGCAGAAUGGGGCAAAUAUUGUUAUCGGAAUGGGAUCCUCGAUCAGAUAAUUGAUCCAAAACUAAGAGAUGGGAUUGCAACCGAGAGCUUAACGAAGUUCGGAGAAGUAGCAAAUAGUUGCUUGAAAGAGAAAGGGUGCGAUCGAUUAUCCAUGGAAGAAGUAGUUUAUAAACUGGAGUUAGCAUUGGAAGUACAAGAAAGUGCAGAGAAAACAGGAGGCGGGGCAGUGUCGGAAAAUCAAGAACUUCCGUUUCUGAGGCAAGGAGAGGUAACGACAACGGACGACGAUGUGUUCUCGGGAUCUUCGGCAAUAAGAAAUGGAACGUCUUCUGUUAGUAGAAGCUACGAAGGAUUCAAGUCAGAAACAGUUUUCUCGGAGAUGGGGAAGCCGGCAGGAAGGUGAUAUAUAUAUAUAUAUAUAUAUAUGUGUGUGUGUGUUAUUUCA